CGUAAUUUUGAGAAGAUUUUUUUUUAGUAAUUUUUUAUUCUGCCCCAGCUGAUGUUUGAGCCAGCAUGUCGCGGAGGAAGCAAGCGAAGCCUCAACAUUUCCAAUCCGACCCCGAAGUGGCCUCGCUCCCCCGGCGAGAUGCCUUCGGAGAUGACCACACACCAUUUGUACAACAGAAGUUGGUGUUCCCCAUGCUGGGCAAACAAUAAGGCUCCAUCCUGUCUUUGAAUAGGAUGUUAGCUUGCCGUUGGAGAUUUUUAUGUUUAAUUUACAAAUGGAUCUUAGUGAGAAGAAAUCUGAGCAACCAGUGGAAACAAACAUGAAAUAAAGGGAUUUUUAUAAUGAAAGGUUCAGGACAAUCUGUUAAACAAUUGAUAACACCGAAUAGCCAACUGUUUUUAAAGGCAUUCAGACAAGGAGAAUGGCACAGCAUUUGCAAACUCGAAACCUUCCCCUUAACUGCACAUCCUUCUAUAAGUUGAUGUUGAAUCAGAAAUGAGACGCAGAGAAAGGUCAACCAAAUCGCACCACCAAGAGCAAGGACGCCCACGUGUGUGGCCGGUGCUGUGCCGAGUUCUUUGAGUUAUCGGAUCUUCUCCUCCACAAGAAGAACUGCACUAAAAAUCAAUUAGUUCUCAUCGUCAAUGAGAGCCCGGCCACCCCGCCCGACACCUUCACUCCCAGUCCCCCUCCCGACAACCCCGACGAACAAAUGAAUGACACCGUGAACAAAACGGAUCAGGCCGACGGCGGCGACCUUCCGGAACACGGCGGACGCGACAGGGAAGAGUCCAUGGAGGUGGAGGCCCCGGUGGCGGCUAACAGAGGUGGCGGUGGCGCCCUGGGGGGGGGCGGGAGCGGGGUCACCCCAGGCUGCAGCGGCGGCCCCUCCACAGGUACCUCAGCGAUCACAACCUCUCUACCUCAACUCGGGGACCUGACGACACUGGGCAACUUCUCCGUGAUCAACAGCAACGUCAUCAUCGAGAACCUGCAGAGCACCAAGGUGGCGGUGGCCCAGUUCUCGCAGGAGGCGAGGUGCGGCGGGGCCUCCGGAGGCAAGCCGGCCGUCCCGGCCCUCAUGGAGCAGCUCCUCGCCCUGCAGCAACAGCAGAUCCACCAGCUGCAACUGAUCGAGCAGAUCCGUCACCAAAUAUUGCUGUUGGCUUCUCAGAACGCAGACUUGCCAACAUCUUCGAGUCCUUCUCAAGGUACUUUACGAACAUCUGCCAACCCCUUGUCCACACUAAGCUCCCAUUUAUCUCAGCAGCUGGCGGCGGCAGCUGGAUUGGCACAGAGCCUCGCCAGCCAGUCUGCCAACAUCAGCGGUGUGAAACAGCUGCCCCCCCUCCAGCUACCUCAGAGCACUUCUGGCCACACCCUCCCACCCAACAGCGGCGCUUCCCCCAGCAUUAACAUCUUGGCGGCAGCGGUGACCACCCCGUCCUCGGAAAAAGCGGCUUCGAGCGCCGGCGCCUCCCACGCCAGCCACCCCGCAGCCUCGGCAUCGUCGUCACCAGCUUUUGCAAUAAGCAGUUUGUUAAAUCCUGCGUCCAGUGCACUUCUACCUCAGCCGGCCCCCGCUAACUCGGUUUUCCCCAGCCCUUUGCCCAACAUCGGAACGACUGCGGAGGACUUAAACCCCUUGUCCGCCUUGGCCCAGCAAAGAAAAAGCAAGCCACCAAAUGUCACCGCCUUCGAAGCGAAAAGCGCUUCGGAUGAGGCGUUCUUCAAACACAAGUGCAGGUUCUGCGCGAAGGUCUUCGGGAGCGACAGUGCCUUGCAGAUCCACCUGCGCUCCCACACCGGCGAGAGGCCGUUCAAGUGCAACAUCUGUGGGAACAGGUUCUCCACCAAGGGGAACCUCAAAGUCCACUUCCAGCGCCACAAAGAGAAAUACCCUCAUAUCCAGAUGAACCCCUAUCCCGUGCCUGAGCAUCUGGACAAUAUCCCCACGAGCACCGGCAUCCCGUACGGCAUGUCCGUCCCUCCGGAGAAGCCGGUCACCAGCUGGCUAGACACCAAGCCGGUCCUGCCCACUCUGACCACUUCGGUCGGCCUGCCGUUGCCCCCGACCCUCCCCAGCCUCGCACCCUUCAUCAAGACCGAAGAGCCAGCCCCGAUCCCCAUCGGCCAUUCUGCCAGCAGCCCCCCGGGCUCAGUCAAAAGUGACUCCGGGGCCCCCGAGGCGGCCACGCGAAACCCGGGCGGGCUCGCAGAGGAGGCCGAAGGGCCCCCCGCGCUACCCUCCGGUGGCAAAAGUGAGGACGGCACCGUGGCCCCCAGCUCCGCCCCGGCAGCCAGCGGCAGCUCUCUGAGCUCCCCGGCGGUGGCGACGGCCGACGGCGGCCCCGGGAGGGCCACCGCUUUCACCAACCCCUUGUUGCCGCUCAUGUCUGAGCAGUUCAAGGCCAAGUUUCCUUUCGGGGGGCUCUUGGACUCGGCCCAGGCAUCAGAGACCUCCAAGCUUCAGCAGUUGGUAGAGAACAUUGACAAGAAGGCCACUGACCCCAACGAGUGUAUCAUCUGCCACCGGGUCCUCAGCUGUCAGAGCGCCCUAAAGAUGCAUUACCGGACGCACACCGGGGAGAGGCCCUUUAAGUGUAAGAUCUGCGGCCGGGCGUUCACCACGAAAGGGAACCUCAAAACCCACUAUAGCGUCCACCGUGCUAUGCCCCCGCUCAGAGUCCAGCAUUCCUGCCCCAUCUGCCAGAAGAAGUUCACGAACGCCGUGGUCCUGCAGCAGCACAUCCGGAUGCACAUGGGAGGUCAGAUCCCCAACACCCCAGUCCCCGACAGCUACCCCGAGUCCAUGGAGUCCGACACGGGCUCCUUUGACGAGAAGAAUUUCGAUGACCUGGACACCUUCUCCGACGAAAACAUGGAGGACUGUCCUGAGGGCAGCAUCCCCGAUACGCCCAAGUCCGCGGACGCGUCCCAGGACAGCUUAUCUUCUUCGCCUUUGCCCCUGGAGAUGUCAAGCAUCGCUGCUUUGGAAAAUCAGAUGAAGAUGAUCAGCGCCGGCCUGGCGGAGCAGCUGCAGGCCAGCCUGAAGUCCGUGGAGAACGGCUCCGUCGAGGGGGACGUCCUGACCAACGACUCGUCCUCGGUGGGCGGCGACAUGGAGAGCCAGAGUGCGGGCAGCCCGGCCAUCUCAGAGUCUACCUCUUCCAUGCAGGCUGUGUCCCCGUCCAACAGCACCCAGGAGCUCCGCAAGUCCCCCGGCGCGGAGGAGAAGCCCCAGAGGGCAGUCCCGGGCGAGUUCGCCAACGGCCCGUCCCCCACCCCGGUGAACGGUGGGGCUCUGGAUUUGACGUCCAGCCACGCAGAGAAAAUCAUCAAGGAAGAUUCUUUGGGGAUCCUCUUCCCUUUCAGAGACCGGGGUAAAUUUAAAAAUACUGCUUGCGACAUUUGUGGCAAAACCUUUGCUUGUCAGAGUGCCUUGGACAUUCACUACAGAAGUCAUACCAAAGAGAGACCAUUUAUUUGCACGGUUUGCAAUCGCGGCUUUUCCACAAAGGGUAAUUUGAAGCAGCACAUGUUGACACAUCAGAUGCGGGACCUACCAUCACAGCUCUUUGAGCCCAGCCCCAACCUCGGCCCCAAUCAGAACUCGGCGGCGAUCCCCGCCAGCUCGUUGUCAUCUCUCAUCAAGACAGAGGUCAACGGCUUCGUGCACGUCACGCCUCAGGACAGCAAGGACACCUCCACAGGUCACGUCCCCUCUGGGCCUCUGUCCUCCUCUGCCACGUCCCCAGUUCUGCUCCCGGCUCUGCCCAGGAGAACCCCCAAACAGCAUUACUGUAACACGUGUGGCAAGACCUUCUCCUCGUCGAGUGCCCUGCAGAUUCACGAGCGAACUCACACUGGAGAGAAACCCUUUGCUUGCACUAUUUGUGGGAGAGCUUUCACGACAAAAGGCAAUCUGAAGGUACACAUGGGCACUCACAUGUGGAAUAGCACGCCUGCACGACGGGGUCGGCGGCUCUCUGUGGAUGGCCCCAUGACAUUUCUAGGAGGCAAUCCUGUCAAGUUCCCAGAAAUGUUCCAGAAGGAUUUGGCGGCAAGGUCAGGAAGCGGGGAUCCUUCCAGCUUCUGGAAUCAGUAUGCAGCGGCACUCUCCAACGGGCUGGCGAUGAAGGCCAAUGAGAUCUCCGUCAUUCAGAAUGGCGGCAUCCCUCCAAUUCCUGGAAGCCUCGGCAGCGGGAGCAGCUCACCUAUUAGUGGGCUGACGGGAAAUCUGGAGAAGCUCCAGAACUCAGAGCCCAGCGCUCCGCUGGCCGGCCUGGAGAAGAUGGCCAGCAGUGAGAACGGAACCAACUUCCGUUUCACCCGCUUCGUGGAGGACAGCAAAGAGAUUGUCACAAGUUAAAGCAACCCUGGCUGGAGAAAUAACAACCCCCUUCCAGAAGGAGACCCACUGUUGCCUCCGGGGGGGGGCGCACCCCUUCCCUCCUGGUUCCCCCAGAUCUAUGAACUACAACAUGAUGAAGACAUUCUUUUGUAUUUUGUUCAACUUCUAGAGUUAUAAGAAAGCUUAUUUAUUAGUGAUAUAACCUUGCUUUGCAAACAGAAUGCAAGCGUUAACUUUGGUCUUCUGUAUUUUGGACUAAAUACUAAUUGACUAGAGCGCUGUAACAUUUAUGGCAAUCACAAGUUGCCCUGCUAGGCGGUCUUAAUCUGGCAUUAACUUAUUUUCUAUAUCCGGUUUAAUAUGAAUCUGGUGUUAAUGCAAUGCCUCAGUGAUGCAUUAGAUCUCUAAUAAAGUCUGUAUAUAAAUGUACACUUUGAUCCUGCUGGGAAAUUUUAUCAGCAAACACAUUGUCUAAUCUUUCUAAACAAAUUUAAGCAAAGGACUGGAAGUACAGACUGAUCAAUGUGGUUCUUUGAAAGGUUUGGGGUUUUUUUGUUUCGUUUUAUGGUUUUUUUGGUUUUUUGGGUUUUUUUUUUUUUUUACUCUAAAAUUCAACCUGCUUUUUUUUUUUUUUUUUUUUUUGGUAGAUUUAACCAUUUCCGUUUUGAACUGCGAUUUGUAUUGUGCUUUUUACUUGAGUCGUCCUCAAUGUUGAUAAGUUUCUGUACAGUAAUAAGCACGCAGAAUUCUUUAGAGAAAAUACAAGUGUUGUUUUGGUAGUUGAAACUGAGACGUAACAUUUUGCCUUGUAGGUAUAUUCACAAUAGAAAAUUUGUGCUGGAAUUUCACAAUGCUGCUAAGUAUAGCAUCUUGAACAACCUUCAGUGGAGAAAAUGUAGAUGCUCUUGUAUAUACAAUAAGAAAUAUCACUUUCAUUAAAUUGUACAUAUGUUCCUUACAAGAGCAAAUGCUUCUUCUUGAUCAAGAGAGCAGGUAUAGUGUUCGUUUAUUUUGUAUUAGGUAUGGAAGGAAAAAAUUGGACUGUUACAUGCACUUUCUUGGAAAGUUGAAAGGAAAGGGGGGGGUCCAAUUUCUUUAACAUUUAAUACUUACUAACAACAGAGAUACUGUAAUUUUACUCAAGUAAUCAAAUACAUUUUUUUUUUGCAACAGA